UUUAAUGAAAUAAUAUUUUAGACGAAGAAGAAUAGAGUUGUGAGUAAACACGGGAGACUAAACACCUAUAAGAAAGCUGAUGAGAUUGUGGAAGGGCAUAGGUUUCUGAAAGAUUUCUUCACCUCCAUGAUAGAUUUAACCUGGUCUUGGACUUUCUUCAGUUUUGCAGCCUCAUUCUUCUUCUCAUGGCUGUUCUUUGCGGUCAUCUGGUACAUAAUUGUUAUUGUACAUGGAGAUCUAGAUGAAGAUAGACCAGAUGAUCAUAUUGUCUGCGUCGACAAUUUGAAGGAUUUUACAUCCUGCUUUCUCUUCAGCUUGGAGUUACAACAUACUAUUGGGUUUGGCGGGAGAGCAACAACUGAGCAGUGUGCUGUUGCUGUCAUUGUCAUGUCGUUGCAGAGCAUUGUUGGGGUUGUAAUCCAGGCGUGUAUGGCAGGAAUAGUAUUUGCCAAGUUUACCAAGCCUACAAAUAGAGGAGAAACAAUUCUGUUCAGCAAGAAUGCAUUGAUAACGAUGCGUAAUGGCGCCCUCUAUCUUCUGAUACGCAUAGGGGAUAUCAGGCAGGCGCAUCUUAUCGGAUGCCAAGUUCAAGGUCAUUUUGUUAAAAAAGAAUCUACAGAAGAAGGGGAGGUAGGAUAUAUUAUUCAUAUUUUUCUUCUUCAAAAUCACAAAAUCAAAUACCGUAAUAUUAAUGUUUUGGUCUCUUGUCCUCUCUCAUAA